UAAGAUCAAUUGGGAUAAUCUCAACAAAGACCUCAUCGCCAGCACUGAACUGUCCCGCGCUUUCCUCGCCUCAUCCAUACUCGUUAUGGACCUAUUGAUUGUUAUGCAGGACUGGGACUUUCCACACUUUGUAUGCGAUCUAAACAUCAAACUUCCCGGUUUAGUGCAGUCUUCCUAUACAUUGAAAUUCUUCAAACAGUCCGUCAAAUUCCCUGAAAUGGUUUUUCGCAUCACAGGCAAAUGGUUUAAUUACGGUAUAAUAGUUGGCGUAAUGAUGUUGGACCUGAAUAUGUGGAAGAAUCAGAUCAUAUACUAUCCGCCCGAUUACGGCCAAUACGUGGAACCAAUCAAUCAAAAGAUCUAUACAGUGAUCGACCACAAGGUGUUGGAUACGGGCAAUAGGAGCGCCUGGACUUUCAACAGUCGUAUGGCCGUCAACUCGACCACAAACAGCGUUAUUAUGACCACAGAUUUC